UGUAAACGCAAACGAGAGCCAGUCUCGUCGCUUCUUCUCAAACACAAACAGAGGAAUAGGGAACAGAUGGAAAAGAUGCUGAGGAUGAUUGGAAGCCAGAAUGGCAAAGGCAGGUCUUCUUAUCCAUGGCCGACCUGGGCCCCAUGAUGCACGGAUGAGUCCCAUCCAACGGAUUCUCCCAGACGCCCUGUAUCGCAAAUCAUUCAAGCGCGCCGGAUCUACGACUAGAGAUCUGAGGGUGAAACGCGCCCAUCGCGGUCGCGCACUGUUCUCCACAGACGCGGUAGGGCGCAUGCACAGUGCGACGUGCGGAUCUGGGGUCGCGGCCGUGGCUGCACGUCCUGGCCUCCUGAGUGGCCCUCUGGUUCGCUUCGAGUCAUCUCCAUGCGCCUUGUGCAUGGUUCUCCACUACACGAGGACAAUGUUUCCUGUCGUUGUCUCUUUGACGUGUUUCGUUUCUUGGACAACGGGCCACGUUCUUUUGCUGCGCGGUCUCCGACAGCACUGUCGGUCGCGGUCUAACUAUGUUUGCGUGAGGCGCGCUCUGCGAUCAAGACCGACCGACGCGUUCCCGCUGGACGACGACGAGACGUGGUGCUGUUGACGCUGGUCGUUCGAUGGAUUCCUGCUUCCACGGCAAAGUCACCU